UAUUAAUCUAAUGGUACUAUUGUUCUGUGUAUUAUUAGAUCAGAUUUAUUCUACUUUAAAAUAGAUAAGGCAAAACUAGACUUUCAAAAUGGUAUGUCUAUUAUGAUGAUGCUGAAAAAAUUAAAUUAUAAAAUGAAGUCCAUCGAUUAAUUGUCUGCAGGGACACUAAACAUACUAAUUUCUUAGAAGUAUACUUCUACUUUUUUAUAAAUAUAGUUUAGGAAUUAUAAAAUCAUUUAUAAACGAUAUGCAGGAUUAUUUUUUGCAUUGUGUGUUGAUGUAUCAGACAAUGAACUCACUAUGCUUGAAUUUAUUCAUCUUUAUGUUGAAGUCUUAGAUAAAUACUUUGGAAAUGUCUGUGAAUUAGAUAUCGUUUUCAAUUUCAAUAAAGUAAUAAUAACCUUCAUAUUUUAUAGGCAUAUUCAAUUUUUGAUGAAAUGAUUGUAGGUGGAGAAAUCAUUGAAACCUCCAAGUAAGUCAUAAUUAAUGCUGUUAAGAAUAUUGAAUUAUUAGAUUGAU